AAUUUCCAUGUCUGGAAUUCUGGUUGGCCGGCUUGGCUUGGUCUUUGUCCAAAGCCUGUGCGUGAUCUCGGAAGCUUGCCUGGGUGGUUUUAGAAACGGGGACCUCGCGGAGAAGACAAACCACGCUAACGCACAGUCCUCCGGAGCAAAGCGACCAACUCAGCCCUGUCUCCCAGCCGGGCACACAUCGAAAGCAGCUAAAAUUUUAUGAACUUUCGUGGCUUCUCCAUUGCUCUUUUAAUAUUGUCCUACAAGCUAUUUUUUUGUUGACAUCAAUAAACUUGGCAGACUUUUUUUCUUGAAGAUAAUCAAAGCAAUCCUUUUUAUAAAAAACUUUUUAACACAAACUUUUUAAAUCAGUUCUCUCUCUCUUUAUUUUUAAAGGAGAACUUUGGUUUUGCAAGUCUUCUUGAAAAAAAAAAACAGAAGGAAAAAAUAUUUUAUUUGAAGAAAUACUAAAGAGAAAAAAAUAUUGAUGGUGGUUUGUCUUUUUUUUUUUUUGCAAACACCAGACAGAAAAUCUCCGAUUCAAAAACGAGGGCCCCGGACGGACUGUGCGUUUGGGAAAGUCUAUAGCACAACAGAUAUAGACUACUGGGAGACAAAACACAGCAAACUAUCAAAACCCGCUGCACAGCUUUUGCAGUUGUGAAAAAGUUGAACUAGUGUUUUAAUCGAUUCUCUUUUAGGUCCUACAUUUUUUAAUUGUCCUCACACUAUGGCUGGGAUCAACGUGCUGUCUCUGGUUUGGGCUUCUGCUGUGCUUUUGGUUGCGGUGCGUGCAGAACUGAAGACCAGAACCUGCACCGAAGUGAGGCUCGCGUACGGGUCCAAGGGUUUUAAUCACAAUGACGUACCACACCAAGGAGUGAACGGUGCCCAGUUGAAGGUGUGCCCGCAGGGCUUCACAUGCUGCACCCCUGAGAUGGAGGAGAAGCUGAGCCAGCAGAGCCGCACUGACCUCCGAGCCCCAGUGACCCAGCUGAGCUCCAACCUGCAGAGCACCUUCACACAGCGCCACCGCCGCUUUGACCAGUUCUUCAAGGAGCUGCUGGACAACGCGGAGCGCUCCCUGCACGACAUGUUCACCCGGACGUACGGAGUCAUGUACGUGCAGAACGCAGAGCUCUUCAAGCAGUUCUUCCAGGACCUCAAGCGCUACUACGUGAGCGGGGGGGUGAACCUGGAGCAGAUGCUGUCCGAGUUCUGGGCUGGGCUGCUGGAGCGCAUGUUCAAGUUGGUCAAUGUCCAGUACCAUUUCACUGAGGAGUACAUGGAGUGUGUCAGCAAGCACACUGAGCAGCUCAAGCCCUUCGGAGACGUGCCUCGCAAGCUCAAACUGCAGGUCACGCGCUCCUUUGUGGCGGCCAGGACUUUCGCACAGGGGCUGGCGGUCAUUGGCGACGUGAUCGGCAAAGUGUCCACGGUGAACGCAUCUCCGGACUGCGUGAGAGCUGCCAUGAAGAUGAUGUACUGUCCCUACUGCAGCGGGCAGGUGGCGCUCAAGCCCUGCCCCAAUUACUGCCUCAACGUGAUGAAGGGCUGCCUCGCGAACCAGGCCGACAUGGACACGGAGUGGAACAACGUCAUGGAUGCCAUGCUGAACCUGGCAGAGAGACUAGAGGGCCCCUUCAACAUUGAGGCUGUGAUGGACCCCAUUGAUGUCAAGAUCUCAGAUGCCAUCAUGAACAUGCAAGAAAACAGCAUGCAGGUCUCCCAGAAGGUGUUCCAGGGGUGUGGGCAGCCCAGGCCUGCUGUUCCAGAUCGCGUCUCGCGCUCAGCUCCUGAUGGCGGGUUCAAUGCCAGGUUCCGCCCCUACAACCCGGAGGAGAGGCCCACUACUGCAGCGGGCACCAGCCUCGACAGACUGGUCCCUGAUGUGAAGAAGCACCUCAAACUGGCAAAGAAGUUCUGGUCCACGCUGCCGGAGAGCGUGUGCACGGGAGAGCGGAUAAGCGCUGGAGACGAGUGCUGGAACGGCACAGCAAAGAGCAGGUACGAUUCUGUGGUGAUGGGAAAUGGUUUAGCCAACCAGGUGGCCAACCCCGAUGUGGAGGUUGACAUCACCAAGCCGGACUUGGUGAUUCGCCGACAGAUAAUGGUGCUCCGCCUGAUGACCAACAGGCUGAAGAGCGCCCACAACGGCCAUGAUGUCACCUUCUUUGACAUGAGUGAGGAUGGCAGCGGGGAGGAGAGUGGCAGCGGGUGCGAGGGCCAGCAUUGUACAUCCGAUUUCGUCUUCACCCCCACCAUCACCAAGAUCCCUCCAGUGAUCGUGAGAUCGGGUGUGGCUUCGGGGGCAGUCAGUCUGCCACUGACCAGCUUUGUCCUGCUGCUGGGAGCUGCAGCUCUGGCCAUGCUGGCCUCUCGGAGAUAAUAUCUCUGGCGGUAGUAGGAGGACUUUGUCAACGCACAGAGACUGUCUUAAAGAACAUGGUCAGCACCUGGCCUUUGUUUGUCAUCUGGGGACUUGUGUUUUUUUAUUUUAGAAACCAAUUAUUCAACAGAGAUCAGUGUACAGCUUAGGGCCUCCAACCCAACAAUUUUUUUUUUUUUGCAGCAGCAGCAUUUUGUUUGAGAGAGAGAGAGAGAAUAUAAAUCAGAUUUCAAUUAAUGAGUUCCUCCCCUCUCGCCACCACACAUGCACCCCCAUUGCUUCUGUUAAAAUAACUUAUUUUGAGGUUUGUGAUAUUCAUAAACCUCCAGUGAGAAUCCCUGAUAUAUAAUGCUAGCAAGAGUUGUGGGUCUGAUGGUCCUUUUCUUAAAAUAUAAUAAAUGGGUCUUGAUUGUUGCAUUGUACAUAUAGAUUAAUAGGUCCUGGGGAACUCUGUGUUCAUCCCUGAUCAGAAACACACCCAGCAGCUUCCUAGUGGUGUUGGUGUGAAGUCUGCAGGCUGAGGUACAGUGUAAGCAGGCAGGGUGCCCAGGAUGGGUCACUCAGAAAUCGCUUGAACCCCCUGCAGACCGCGCAUGCAGGUGAUGAGUGUCUGAGGAGCGAGGAUUUCAUACACAAGUUUGCGUUCAAUGCAAACUUGUCCCGUGCUGAUGAGAAGUCAGUUGAAUAUUUUUUUAAGACCGGAGAAUCCCGGUCUGUAGGACCGGUGACAUUAUUCCAAGAUUUAAUGAAUGAAACUAAAAAGAUACUCGAAGAAUGACCUGUGCUUGUGUUCCCCAUGGAGACCAUGCACUGCCAGCCAGCUGUGUGUGGGUGCGUGCGUGCGUGCAUGUGUGGAAAUGUAAAGAAUGCACCCCAGCCAAAAUUUUCAAGUCCAAACCCAUCCCUUUUUUAACUUUUUUUUUAAAAAUAAUUAAUAGCCAGAUAUUCACAAGCCUGGAGAUUUGAACAAAGCCCUCACUUAGGGGCUACAUCUGGUUGUGGUUUUAACCGCGGCUUGCAGUGAAUUCUGUUGGUGCUUUCCUUCUCUAUGCUUGUUUUUGUAUUCACAUGAAACGGGGGGCGGACUGACUGCUAAGCUGUUACUGCCAAACUUUUUUCUCUCCCCUAAAGCUGAUGUCAUUAUUACAAGUCUGUAUUGGUGUGUGUUGGGAGGGGGGUGUCGGUCCGGAUUCUGUCCCGUUGGGGGGUGACUGAGACACAAGGUGGUCAGGAUCCCUUGCCCGACCCCUCCACCCGGAUCAGGGUCACGACAUCUGGCAGAGAAUUAACUGGGUGGGGUUCAAACCCACCUCCCUGAAGGUGCGAGAUGUGAGCAGCUGGAAGAUUGUAAAUAAGGACAGCAAUGUUAUAAAUAAUAUAGAGGUCUCUGAAAGAGGCAAUAACAAUCCAAUGAAAAGUUUUUUGUACACAUCGGAUAACAAUGACUGGAGGAGAGAUUAUAGAUAUUAAAAAGUGAUGAAAGUAAACAAA